GUCUAUACCUUCUUCCUUUUUGUGCGGCCGUGUCACCGCGUGGUUCACAGCCGUGUUUCGUGUAAGAAACAAAACUCAAAAUGGCAAUCAGACCUGUAUAUAGGCCUACUAUCGUCAAAAAGAGGACGAAAAGAUUCAUCAGACAUCAAUCGGAUCGCUAUGACAAACUUAAACGCAACUGGCGUAAACCCAGAGGUAUUGACAACAGAGUCCGUAGGCGUUUCAAGGGACAGUACUUGAUGCCCAGCAUUGGAUACGGUUCAAACAAGAAGACACGUCACAUGCUACCCAAUGGCUUCCGCAAGGUGCUAGUACACAAUGUCAAAGAGCUAGAGAUCCUUAUGAUGCAAAACCGUAAAUACUGUGCGGAGAUUGCUCACGGUGUAUCCUCCAAGAAGCGGAAGGCGAUUGUCGAACGUGCCCAACAGCUCAGUAUCAGAGUGACAAACGCCGCCGCGCGUCUCCGAAGCCAGGAGAAUGAAUAAGCUAACAAAUAAAUUUAAGAAAGUU